CGGCGGCAGCAGCGGCGCGGCGAGGCUGAGGCUCUUGUUUACCAGCAUUAACUCCACUGAGCGGAAAAAAAAAAAAAAAAAAAAAAAAAAAAAAAAAAAAAAGGAAAAAAACCCGAGGAGGAGCGAGCGCACCAGGCGAACUCGAGAGAGGAGAGCAAGGGAGAGGGACGCUGCCAGCGAGCCUGUCCCCGGCGCGCCCGCGGCCGGCGCUCGCAGACCCUCGGCCCGGCUCCCCGGAUCCCCCCUCCCGCACCCUCCACGCCCCUCCCGCGUGAGGGGACCUCCACGGCGCGCCGCGCGCCUCAGCUUUGACCUUCAGCGAGCCGGAGCCCCCGCGCACGGAGUCUGCGGCGGCGGGCGGGGGCCGGCGCGGGGCGGGCGGCGGCGGGGAGCCGGGGCGGCGCGGCGGGAGUGCUGAGCGCGGCGCGGCCGGCCCGCCGCUUUGUGUGUGUCCUGGAUUUGGAAAGAAGCUCGCGGCGGCGGCGGCGGCGGCGGCGGCGCUGAGGGAGGAGGCGGCUGUGAGCAGAGCCCGGAGGAGGAGGGGGAGCCGCUCAUUCAUUUUUACUCCGCAUUUCUGUCCCUCCCCGGCCUCGCCCGCGACCUAGACUUCGGGGCAGUCUUGUGAACUGCGUCGCGCUCUCCCAACGUGGAGGCUUGGGGGUCCGGCAGCCUCCCUCUCUGUCCGGCGGUCGGGUUUGUUUGUCCUCGCCGAGACGGAUUUGGGCUUUGCCCCUUUUCUUUUCAGUUUUCCUUGUCUUUUGCCUCUCUGGGUUUGAAAAUGGAGGCCGACGACGCCGACAGCCCUCCCCGACGCGCCUCGGGUUCCCGACUCCGCCGAGCCUUGGGCCGCUGCUGCCGGCGCUGAGGGGCCGCCCCGCGCCGCCGCCCGCCCCGUCAGCGCUGUCCGCCGGGCCCCCGGCCGGCGCCGCCUUCGAAGUAUUGUUUCCUUCACCCUUGUUUUUGGAGGUGGAGCGAAGACUGAGUUGGAGACUUUUUUCUUUUCAUUUCUUUCCCUUUUUUUUUUUUUUUUUUUCUUUGAGAAAGGGGAAUUUCGUCCCAAAUAAAAGGAAUGAAGUCUGGCUCCGGAGGAGGGUCCCCGACCUCUCUGUGGGGGCUCCUGUUUCUCUCCGCUGCGCUCUCGCUUUGGCCGACGAGUGGAGAAAUCUGUGGGCCGGGCAUUGACAUCCGCAACGACUAUCAGCAGCUGAAGCGCUUGGAGAACUGCACGGUGAUCGAGGGCUACCUCCACAUCCUGCUCAUCUCCAAGGCUGAGGACUACCGCAGCUACCGCUUCCCUAAGCUCACAGUCAUCACUGAAUACUUGCUGCUGUUCCGUGUGGCUGGCCUCGAGAGCCUCGGGGACCUCUUCCCAAACCUCACAGUCAUCCGCGGCUGGAAACUCUUUUACAACUACGCCCUGGUCAUCUUCGAGAUGACUAAUCUCAAGGAUAUUGGGCUUUAUAACCUGAGGAACAUUACUCGGGGGGCCAUCAGGAUUGAGAAGAAUGCUGACCUCUGUUACCUCUCCACAGUGGACUGGUCUUUGAUCCUAGAUGCAGUGUCCAAUAAUUAUAUUGUGGGGAACAAGCCCCCGAAGGAAUGUGGGGACCUGUGUCCAGGGACCAUGGAGGAGAAACCGUUGUGUGAGAAGACCACCAUCAACAAUGAGUACAACUACCGCUGCUGGACCACAAAUCGCUGCCAGAAAAUGUGCCCGAGCGUGUGCGGAAAGCGGGCGUGCACCGAAAACAAUGAGUGCUGCCACCCGGAGUGCUUGGGCAGCUGCCACGCACCCGACAAUGACACGGCCUGCGUGGCCUGCCGACACUACUUCUACGAGGGCGUGUGCGUUCCUGCCUGCCCGCCGGACACCUACAGAUUCGAGGGAUGGCGCUGUGUGAAGCGCGACUUCUGUGCCAACAUCCUCAGUGCUGAGAGCAGCGACUCCGAGGGCUUUGUCAUCCACGAUGGCGAGUGCAUGCAGGAGUGCCCCUCGGGCUUCAUCCGCAACGGCACCCAGAGCAUGUACUGCAUCCCUUGUGAGGGUCCUUGCCCCAAAGUCUGUGAAGAAGAAAAGAAAACAAAGACUAUUGAUUCUGUUACUUCUGCUCAGAUGCUCCAAGGAUGUACCAUCUUCAAGGGCAAUUUGCUCAUUAAUAUCCGACGAGGCAAUAACAUUGCCUCGGAACUGGAGAACUUCAUGGGUCUCAUUGAGGUGGUGACAGGCUAUGUGAAGAUCCGCCAUUCCCACGCCUUGGUCUCCUUGUCCUUCCUGAAGAACCUUCGCCAGAUCUUAGGGGAGGAGCAACUAGAAGGGAACUACUCCUUCUAUGUCUUGGACAACCAGAACUUGCAGCAGCUGUGGGACUGGGACCACCGCAACCUGACCAUCAAAUCCGGGAAAAUGUACUUUGCUUUCAAUCCCAAACUGUGUGUUUCUGAAAUUUACCGCAUGGAGGAAGUGACGGGGACAAAAGGGCGCCAAAGCAAAGGGGACAUAAACACCAGGAACAAUGGAGAAAGAGCCUCCUGUGAAAGUGAUGUCCUACAUUUCACAUCCACCACCACGUGGAAGAACCGCAUUAUCAUAACUUGGCACCGGUACCGGCCCCCGGACUACAGGGAUCUCAUCAGCUUCACCGUUUACUAUAAAGAGGCACCCUUUAAAAAUGUCACAGAAUAUGAUGGGCAGGAUGCCUGUGGCUCCAAUAGUUGGAACAUGGUGGAUGUGGACCUCCCUCCCAACAAAGAUGUGGAACCUGGCAUUUUACUGCACGGGUUGAAGCCCUGGACUCAAUAUGCAGUCUAUGUCAAGGCUGUGACCCUCACCAUGGUGGAGAAUGACCACAUUCGUGGGGCCAAGAGCGAAAUCUUAUACAUUCGUACCAAUGCUUCAGUUCCUUCCAUUCCCCUGGAUGUCCUCUCAGCAUCAAACUCCUCUUCUCAACUGAUUGUGAAGUGGAACCCCCCAUCUCUGCCCAACGGUAACCUGAGUUAUUACAUAGUGAGGUGGCAACGGCAGCCUCAGGAUGGCUACCUGUACCGGCAUAAUUACUGUUCCAAAGACAAAAUCCCCAUCAGGAAGUAUGCUGAUGGCACCAUUGACGUCGAAGAGGUAACAGAGAAUCCCAAGACUGAAGUGUGUGGUGGUGAGAAAGGGCCUUGCUGCGCUUGCCCCAAAACUGAAGCUGAGAAGCAAGCUGAAAAGGAAGAGGCUGAAUACCGAAAAGUCUUUGAGAAUUUCCUGCAUAACUCCAUAUUCGUGCCCAGACCUGAAAGGAAGCGGAGAGAUGUCAUGCAAGUGGCCAACACCACCAUGUCCAGCCGAAGCAGGAACACCACAGUGGUGGACACUUACAAUAUGACAGACCCAGAAGAACUUGAGACGGAAUACCCUUUCUUUGAGAGCAGAGUGGAUAAUAAGGAGAGAACUGUCAUCUCUAACCUCCGGCCUUUUACUUUGUACCGCAUUGAUAUUCAUAGCUGUAAUCAUGAGGCUGAGAAGCUGGGCUGCAGUGCCUCCAACUUUGUUUUUGCCAGAACCAUGCCUGCAGAAGGAGCAGAUGACAUUCCUGGCCCAGUAACCUGGGAGGCAAGACCUGAAAACUCCAUCUUUUUAAAGUGGCCAGAACCUGAGAAUCCCAAUGGAUUGAUUUUAAUGUAUGAAAUAAAAUAUGGAUCACAAAUUGAGGAUCAGCGAGAAUGUGUGUCCAGACAGGAUUACAGGAAGUAUGGAGGGGCCAAGCUCAACCGGCUAAAUCCAGGAAACUAUACAGCCCGGAUUCAGGCUACCUCUCUGUCUGGGAAUGGGUCAUGGACAGAUCCUGUGUUCUUCUAUGUCCCAGCCAAAACAACGUAUGAAAAUUUCAUCCAUCUGAUCAUCGCUCUGCCAGUUGCCAUCCUGUUGAUCGUGGGAGGGCUGGUGAUAAUGCUGUAUGUCUUCCAUAGAAAGAGAAAUAACAGCAGACUGGGGAAUGGAGUGCUGUAUGCCUCUGUGAACCCAGAGUACUUCAGUGCAGCUGAUGUGUAUGUCCCUGAUGAGUGGGAGGUCGCUCGAGAGAAGAUCACCAUGAACCGGGAGCUGGGGCAGGGGUCCUUCGGGAUGGUCUACGAAGGAGUUGCCAAGGGUGUGGUUAAAGAUGAACCUGAAACCAGGGUGGCCAUCAAGACAGUGAAUGAGGCUGCAAGCAUGCGUGAGAGGAUUGAGUUUCUCAACGAGGCUUCAGUGAUGAAGGAGUUCAAUUGUCACCAUGUGGUGCGGUUGCUGGGUGUGGUGUCCCAGGGCCAGCCAACGCUGGUCAUCAUGGAACUGAUGACACGGGGUGAUCUCAAAAGUUAUCUCAGAUCUCUGAGGCCAGAAAUGGAGAAUAAUCCAGUCCUUGCACCUCCAAGCUUAAGCAAGAUGAUCCAAAUGGCUGGAGAGAUUGCAGAUGGCAUGGCAUACCUCAAUGCCAACAAGUUUGUCCACAGAGACCUUGCUGCCCGGAAUUGCAUGGUAGCUGAAGAUUUCACAGUCAAAAUUGGAGAUUUUGGUAUGACACGAGAUAUCUAUGAGACAGACUACUACCGGAAAGGAGGGAAAGGAUUGCUACCUGUGCGCUGGAUGUCUCCUGAGUCCCUCAAGGAUGGAGUCUUCACCACUCACUCAGACGUCUGGUCCUUUGGGGUCGUCCUCUGGGAGAUUGCCACACUGGCCGAGCAGCCAUACCAGGGCUUGUCCAAUGAGCAAGUCCUUCGCUUCGUCAUGGAGGGUGGCCUUCUGGACAAGCCUGACAACUGCCCCGACAUGCUGUUCGAGUUGAUGCGCAUGUGCUGGCAGUACAACCCCAAGAUGAGACCUUCCUUCCUGGAGAUCAUCAGCAGCAUCAAAGAUGAGAUGGAACCCAGUUUUCGGGAGGUCUCCUUCUACUACAGCGAGGAGAAUAAACCGCCUGAACCUGAGGAGCUGGACCUGGAGCCUGAAAACAUGGAGAGUGUCCCCCUGGACCCCUCGGCCUCCUCAUCAUCCCUGCCGCUGCCUGACAGACACUCAGGACACAAGGCCGAGAAUGGCCCAGGCCCUGGAGUGCUGGUUCUCCGAGCCAGCUUCGAUGAGAGACGGCCUUACGCACACAUGAACGGAGGACGCACGGACGAGAGAGCCUUGCCGUUGCCCCAGUCUUCAACCUGCUGAUCCUCGGAUCCCGAAUCCCGUGCAAACAGUAACGUGUGUGCACACUCAGCGGCGGGUGGGGGGAGAGAAAGUUUUAACAAUCUAUUCACAAGCCUCCUGUACCUCAGUGGAUCUUCAGAACUGCAUUGCUGCCCAUGGGAGACGGCUUCUCUGCAGUAAAACACAUUUGGGAUGUUCCUUUUUUCAAUAUGCAAGCAGCUUUUUAUUUCCCUACCCAAACCCUUAACUGACACCGGCCUCUAAGAACCUUAAUGACAACACUUAAUAGCAACAGAACACUUGAGAAUUGAGUCUCCUCAUAUUCUCUCUCUCUCUCUCUCUCUCUCUCUCUCUUACUUUUUCCUUUUUCUGCUUCAUAAUGGAAAAAAUAUUUUCCACAAACCCAGCCGGGAAGCCCUUUUUAUCAGAUGGAGGAAGUGGCUGUUCCUGGGACUCCACAUCACCCUGUAUAUACCUGCCUGACACCACAGGUCUUUAUACAACACACACACACACACACACACACACACACACACACACACAUUGAGACGGAGUUUUUUAACUAUAUCUUUACCUUUUUAGUGUCAUCUAAAAUUUAAAAAGGGCCAUCGUUCAUCCAUGGUUGUUACCAUUUUAACGCUGCCAAAUUUUGCCAAAAUCCUGAACUUUCUCCCUCAUGAUCCCCCCACACACACUGAUUUUCUUAUGUUCAGAGGAAUGGGGUGAGCAUGGUAUCUAGUUAAUAACUCCAUUUAAGAGAAACAUUGGUGAUGCACUCCAUCUGACUGUCCCCCAGGUGCUUUCCAAGCCCACAUCCACCCCAGUCUUGUUGCUUUUGAUGACUAGGUUAUUAUUUGGGGGAACUGGACAAAAUGGGACCUUCCCUCAGUGAAGAUGGGGAAAGGCUAAACUAGCUUCCCCACCGCACUCCCCAUCUCCACCUCUUCAUCCUCCAAGAAUUCUGGAGGAAAGAGAUCCUGAGUGAGCCUAAAAGCCAGGCUGUGGGUCAAGGUGGACCCCAUGCCAAUUUCCUCCCCCAGCCCUCCCUCCUGACCCCACAAGGAACACAGAUGGGAAGGGUUUCCAGGGACUCAGCCCAGCCGUUUGUGCAGUUGUGCAAGGAAAGGGGUUCAGACACUACAGCAGUGAGAAGAAGCGCAGGCAAUGGAGUCAAGCAUUCUAAGCUUUGUUGACAUUUUCUCUGUUACUAGGACUUCUUCAUGGGUCUUACAGUUCUAUGUUAGACCAUGAAACAUUUGCAUACACAUUGUCUUUAAUGUCACUUUUAUAACUUUUUUACGGUUCAGAUAUUCAUCUAUACGUCUGUACAGAAAAAAAAAAAGCUGCUAUUUUUUUUGUUCUUUAUCUUUGUGGAUUUAAUCUAUGAAAACUUUCAGGUCUACCCUUCUUCCCUUUCUGCUCACUCCAAGAAACUUCUUAUGCUUUGUACUAGUGUGUGUGAUUUUUCUUCCUUCUCUCCCAAUAAUUGAUACUUCUAGAACAUAAUUUGCCAUGAACUGUUUGAUGCCUUUUUAUAAAUUCAUCUCCCCUUUCCCUGCUCCCUGAGACCCAUUCAUUGUCUUCUGUCCCAUAGGCUUUGUGGGCAUAAGGCUGGUGUGGGAAGGAGGUGGAUCAGAGGCUAGGGCCAGGGUCCCAGUGGGCCUUGCUCCCGUCCUUCCCCUGCCUCCCCUCUUGUGGCAUUGGAGUCUGUUACAGCGCAAGACCCGAUGCAAACUCAGGUCAGAAAAAAAAAAAGAAAAAAGAAAAAAAAAAAGUUGAAUAUCUCAUGCAUCCUUGUUCAGUGUUUAUAGUCCCCCAUUGUUGAAAGUCUCACCUUCUCUUUCCCUAGCCUUUAUUUUGGUUGUGACACACAUAUAUAUAUUUUUUUAAUUAUUGGGUACAACAGCAGUUUUAACUGCAGACACUAGGCAUUUGGAUUACUAUUUUUUUAAAUGGAUAUUUAAUCCUUCCAUCCCACAGAAAACAGCUGCUGAGUCCCAGGGUGCAGCAGGGUGUGGCCCAGCAGGCUCCCCUCUGCCACCCUCCACACCACCCUCACCAUACCGACCUACCUGUCUCUAGAAACAGAGCAUCCCAAGAGACCUCCCUGACACUGGCAGGGAGCAGGACCCCAGCAUCCCAGCUGGACCAGGGACAGCAUCCUCAGGGGUGUGUGCAAGCACACCACCAGGUCCGCCGGCCUGAGUGCCAGGUCAGGGCAGUACCAGUGCUAUGGAGGACCCACCCUUUGCUCCCAGGGGACCAGAGCCCUGGCGCUGGCGUGCUAUUCCUUGGCCAGGAAUCCCAGUCCUCGGGGCCCGGGGGUCUUGUUUUGUUUAGUUUUUAGCACUUCUCACCAGAGUGAUGACAGCACAAGAGUUGCUUCUGGGAUGGAAAUGUUUAAAUUAUGAGUAAGAACAAAGCUCAAAGAUGAUGAUUGCUAGUUGUGACUGGAGAUUAAACACAAAAAAGAAAGUCUGUAGUGCAUUUUUGCUUGUCAGUAGUUUCAGUUUCACAACUUUUUCACUAGCCUUUGUCCCACAGUGUUUUUCCUUAAAAAAAAAAAAAGAAAAGAAAAGAAAAAGAAAAAAAGUGAUUAAGAAGGUAUUAUAUAUGAGUUUUCCUUUAAUUUAUUUUGUGAUACCAGUUUUAAUCACUGUAGAGAAGCCCCCAUUAUGAAUUUAAAUACUGAGGAAAGGGUUUAUGUGUGUGUGUGUGUGUAUGUGUGUGUAAGGGACAGUUUUUGAUUUUUCGUUGUUGUUUUUUCAACAUUUAUCUACCUCACUCUUAUUUUUUUAUAUGUGUAUAUAGAAAAAAAUACAUCUCACAUUUCUCAGCACCUGACAAUAGGCCGUUGAUACUGGUAACCUCAUCCAUGCCAUAGGCCACACACCCAGGUGAUGCAGGGAGAGAGGCCUGGCUGUUUUCCGGGGUCAAAACAACACUAACUCACCUCUCCACUCAUUUCAAAUGAACUUGCCUUUUUCUGAGAUGUCUCAUCUCAUAUUGCUUUUCCUUCUUUCCUAACCUGAUUUCCUCAGAGGUUGGGAAGUAUUAGGAUUGCCCUGCUCUCAGUUCAGUGACCCUUAUGACCCUGAGGAGGUAACCAGAACAUGCCAUGGGGGGGCGACCUGGCCAUCCCUGUCUGGAUGACUUUGAAACAAAACUACUUCAUGCAUGUUGAAUGACCAACACAUUUCAUAAUUGAGAGAGCAGUGUUCCCCAGGAUCUGAGAACAGGAAGGCCCCACGCCACACACUGAUCUGUGAGAAUCCCAUGUGUGUGUGUGUAGGAUGUUAGUUGGUUCCCUUGCCUGCUCUGGUGAGGCCUGCGAGUGAGGCAGGGAUGUGCCACCACUGCUGCUGCUACAUUUGUUCUAUUCAAAGUUACACCCACAUCAGCAAUUUGAGAGCUUGACCUUCUGAUCCAGAAUGCAGUUUCCUGACAUUACCACCAAUCUGAUACAGAAAAGGUGGUAGGGGCAAAGCCCUUUCCCCUCUGCAUACUGCUUUCUCAACUUUACCCUCAACCUCCUCCUCCCCCAGGGGUAAACAGACAUACCAAACCUUGGGGCUGGGAAGGCCAGUGGUUGGCUCAGCCUCUGUGGCAUUCCCAUCCUGUCAGGGCUGUACCUCCGUCCAUCCCAUCAUCCUGCUGCUCAUGGGCGGACGGUGCACUCUCCACAUCCAGUGGCUGCUCAUAGGCACUGGGGACUUCAGCUGGGAAACAUGUUGUAGGUGGUUUUCUCCAAGAGGGGGCAGCUCCUUAGCAGUUCCAGUAGGUACAGUUAAGCUCAGGGGCCUUCUCCUUCCUGCUAGAACACUACCCUUCUCUCCCAAGUCCCUGGGGACCUUAAGAUCAUUGAGAAAUACUGUUUGAUCAGGGUUUUCUUCUUCCACACUGUAGGUGACCCCUUGGAAUAGUGCCCUCUCCUCUCUUUUGCACAUACUAACCGGUUUCCACAACUGGAUUUCUACAGAUCAUUCAGCUGGUUGUAAGGGUUUUGUUUUAACUGUCCAAGCUGUUGGUGUCUUUUUGUUUUUGUUUUACGUAGGUGGUUUUUCUUUACAUAGAGAACACUACAGUGUAGUGCCCAUCAUAAGUGCUUCAGAAACACUUCAAUAAAAGAAAAUUUUGUUUGUAUGAUGGUGCAGUCAUUUUACUGGACCAACCCACCCACCUUGACUAUACCAAGGCAUCAUAUAUCCACAGUUCUAGCCUAAUUUUGUGCUGAUUUUCCCACCUCUUCUCGUUUUUCUCUUUUGUGUGCUCCAAAUAAUCUUUAUCAAGCUGAGUUGUGGCAUUUUCCAUGCAACCUCCUCCUGACAGCAGCUCACACUGCUUGAAGUAACGUGAACCACUGAGGCACAUCACUGCAUUGAUGUGAGCAUUAAGACAUUCUCACACACAGCCCUUCCCUAAGGCAGCAAGAACUGGCAUAUUCUAGAGACACUGUUGAACUCUGUGUGAGACCCAGACCACGCCAGUUCUCCUUAUGGAAUGUCAUGAUGUUUGACACAGUUGGAAAGCACUUCCUUCUUGGAAGAUAAAAGACUGUGUUCAUGACCAUCACUGGCCUCUCCUUCCAUCCUGCUUCUUAUGACUCGGGACAACAUUUCAAUGGUAGGAAAAGCAGCUUCAUAAAAUAGAAAAGUGGUUAUUGUGAAACUACCAAAUGACAAAAUGCUUGAUAUGUGGCGCUGUGCUUUGGUUGGGAUAACGGAUCAAUGAGCCAUGUAUGAUGCCAAAUUUUAGGCCAGUCUGAUCCACCGAAGCCUCUUAGCAGUCCACUUCUGUAACUGGUGGCCAAGUUACACUGACUUGGGUGAGUGAUAAGGUUAGGAUGCUCAUCCCCGGUCUUCAGCUGUCACUGCUGGGUCUGCUUAGGGUAACCAGACAGUGUUGAAGGCAACUCCUUUUCAAACCAUAGGCACCCUGCAGUUGAUAGUAACACUCCAUGGUAUGCCUUGGCCCAUUCCAGCAAUCCCAGUAAUGCAUUUAAGGUUUGGGGUUUGUUCUUUUGUUAAUGUUACUUUUGUGUUUGUCAGCUGUCUUUUCAUUUCCUGGGCUAAGCAGCAUUGCGAGACUUGGACCAGAGAUCCACUUCUUAAGAACCAGUGAUGAAAGUCAAACUUUCUUACUCCACUCUGAACUAGUCGGUGGUACGAAAGAGAACUUCAAGAGAGGAUGUUGUUUAGAUUGAACCUCUGUUGCCAGAGAUGCUGAAGAUACAGACCUUGGAUAGGCCAGGUUUCCUUUCUGGCCUCCAAAUGGAUGACUAGUUGAUCGUUUAGAGAAAUGAACGUUCCUCAAUGGUGGAAUGACGAGGCACUAGGAAACCACUGUUAACAGGGAUCAAUGACAUGAAGAGAAGAAUUUUGGGCAGAAGGGUACAGGGCUUUGGAAGAAGCGUGGGCAGUGUUUUGAACUUGAUGCCUUCUGAAGGUAUCAGACCACAUCAAGGCUCAACAGUCAUCCGUGGGCAUUUGGUUUCAACAAAUAACCCUAACAUCCUGCUCUGGAAACUUAACGGAGUUAAAUUACAUUGUUCAAGAAUGUGGACUACAUCACACCAGUUGAGUUGUCAGUUCUGGGGCAUGACUUUAGAGUUUUGUUUUGUUUUGUUUCUGCAAGAACAUAAUAAUCACUCAUUUGUAUGUCCACGUUUGUGUGUCCGCAUCUUUCCAGUAAACAUUUUUUUAAUUAGUCACUCAUUAGUGUUUCCAAUAGGGCUCUUAAGUCCAGUAGAUUACGGGUAGUCAGUUGACGAAGAUCUGGUUUACAAGAACUAAUUAAAUGUUUCAUUGCAUUUUUGUAAGAACAUAGAAUAAUUUUAUAAAAUGUUUGUAGUUUAUAAUUGCUGAAAAUAAUUUAAAGACACUUUUUUUUCCUCUCUGUGUGCAAAUAUAUGUUUGUGAUCCAUUUUUUUAGGACACCUGUUUAUUAGCUAGCUUUACAAUAUGCCAAAAAAAAAAAAAAAAAAAAAAAAGACUUUUCCCAGGCCAUGGCUCACCCUCUUUCUCCCCAAUACUUUGUGCCCUAUAUAACAAAGGAAUAAUGAUGAUUUCAAAAGUAGUUCUGUAUCUUCAGUAUCUUGGUCUUCUAGAACCCUCUGGGUUAGGGGAUCUUUUACUGGUUAUUUCCCUUUGGAGUGUAGUGACCUUAACAGAUGGAAAGAACCUCAUUGGCCAUGGAGCAGAGGUGUUGCCACCCCAUGGGGCAGGACACUGUGGCAUCUGGCUUGCUGACGUGGCUGUUGCCUUGAUCUGCAAUGCCAUAGAGAUGGCAGGAUUUCAGGGCACUGCAGAUGGUUUUCACAGAGAUCACACAAAAGAUUCUGGGGCACACAGACCAUUUGCUUCUGUGCCUCACAUCAUGUCGAAUGCUUUGUUCUAACAAGGAAGAGACCUUAUUUAUUUUUAUUUAAGGCAGAACACCGAAGACACGUUUUUACCAUACAGAACAAAUUCUUUUUAAUAAAAAGUACAGCACACCUCAGUAUUUUUUUUUAAGUUUGACUCCAUGUCCUCUAGUUCCCAAUGAUAACUGGUCAUGUCUACACAGUUCCACAAAAUCCCCAUUGUUGGAAACAUCUGGAAUUUUUUGCACUCCAUAGGAGAAAGGUUCAGAAACCAAUUUUUUUGUGUGUGUUCAGCUUCUGAUUUGGAUGUUUGGUGUUGUGCAGACACAUCCACAGGUAGAAUAGAUGCCUGGCAAAAACACCUGUCUGCUUUCUAAGCCAGUGAGGUUGAGGUGAGAGGUUUGCCAGAGUUUGUCUACCUCUGGAAUUAAAAAAUCAAACAAAAAAACAGAAGGCGCGAUGGAAUGGAUGCAUCGCAAAUAAUGCAUUUUCUGAGUUUCUUGUUUAAAAAAGGUUUUUUAAAAAAGUUUUAAAAAAAGGUAAUAACAUGGCCAAUUUGUUACAUAAAAUGACUUUCUGUGUAUAAAUUAUUCCUAAGAAAUCCUCUGUUUAUAUAAAAAAAUCAGUAGAUGAAAAAAAUUUCAAAAUGUUUUUGUAUAUUCUGUUGUAAGAAUUAUUCCUGUUAUCGAUAUACUCUGGAUUCUUUACAUUAUGGGGGAUAAAAAGAAACUUUGUCUAUUUUGAAUGGCUGACGCUAAGGCAACUUUAGUUUCUCUUACUCUGCUUUUUUCUAGUAGUUAAAGUACUACAUGGUUUAAGUUAAAUAAAAGAAUUCUGUAUGCA